AUGGACUCCUACACGUACGACCAUGUUGAUGUCGAUGCGCGCACAUCGCUGACGGCUGGCAGUAGUGCCCGCGAGGAUUCCAGGCCGCCGACCGACACGUACAGACGUCGUUCUCCAGGUUCCGGAGAUCGUAGGACUGGCAGGAGGCGAUCGCGCUCACCCCAAAACAUCGACCGAUACCAGCCCGAUCGCGCACGUGAAUACGACGGUCCGCCUCGCCAUGGCAAUCGACGCCGAUCCUCGCCCCCGCCGGUACAAGCUGGAAUUGAUCGAUACGUGCCGGGCCAAGACAGCUUCGCGCCCACCUUCACGACGAACCCUGUCACAAAUCCCAUGCACCUUGAAUACCAAGUCGGCUUCAACUACUUUGCUGAGUGGUGGCGCGUUGAGCAGCUCAUGAAAGAAGAAAAAGAGCGCGCAAAGAACGGUGGCCGCAAGCCCGUUCUCAAAGGAGAGCGCGAAGCCCGAGAAGAGCGGGGCAAGGAGCGAGAACAGAUCCAAGCCGCGUACGACGAGUACAAGGAGAAGCUGCAAGUGCAAAUGGCCAAGACGUUUGUGGAGAAGCACAAGAACGAAGAGUGGUUCAAGGAGCGCUACGACCCAGACUACGACCUUGCCUUCAAGGAGAAGCUCCGUCAAUACCGUCACGGCAUCUACGAGGAGUGGGAGCGACAAAUCGACGAAGGCUACUACGACGAGUUCACACUUGAGGGCAUCUACAAGAAUGACUCAAAUGGCGCUGGUGGCAUCGUGGAGAAAGAAGAGGGCGAAACCACGGCUGCCAACGAGGUUCUAGGCGUGGGCGACCUGCUACCCUGCAAAGGUGGCGAGAUUCGCGACGAGACUGCAUUUCAGCCUACGCUACUCAUCAAGACAAUUGCGCCUACUGUCAACCGCGAAAAGGUCGAAGAGUUCUGCAAGGAACACCUGGGCGAAGGUCCCGGUGGCUUCAAGUGGCUUAGCAUGAGCGACCCUAACCCUCUCAAGAAGUGCCAUCGCAUUGGCUGGGUGAUUCUCAACCCAAGCGACGAGCAGCCCAUGGUUAUUGACGAUGAUCGCGGCGAUAGUCGGGAUGAGGAUGGAGAGCGCGCUGAGGAGAAGCAUGAUGUCAGCCAAGGCCCACAAAGCACUGCGCAGAAGGCUCUCGAAGCUCUUAACGGCAAGACCGUGAUCGAUGAAGUUCGUGGAAACUUCACGUGUCACGUUGGUAUCCACGAGCCGCCUGCCGCCCCGCGCAAGAAGGCGCUCUGGGAUCUGUUCUCUGCACCGGAGAGGAUUGAGCGUGACCUAGAACUGGCAGAACGCUUGGUACGGAAGCUCGACUCUGACCUCAAGCAACACCAUGAAGAGGAGUUUGCCAACAUCGACGCAGUUAGCAAGAUCGAACAGCGUGUCGAAGACUUGCGUUCGAAAGGCUGGCUUCAACCCCCGGCCAACGCCCCGGUGUCUCUCAAGAAGGAGCGCGACCCGGAGGAGCUGGAAGAGGGCGAGGACGAAACCAUGGAAGAUGACGAGGGUGCUCUCGACGAUGAAGUUGAUGAUGAGGAGUUGCUGGUCAAGAAGAAGAAGCUCGAUCUUCUGAUUGAGUACCUGCGACGCGUAUACAACUUCUGCUUCUUCUGUGUGUUUGAGAGCGACUCCGUUCACGAGCUUAUCCGCAAGUGCGCUGGAGGGCAUCUCCGCCGUCCACGCGCCAGUCUUACCACUGCUGCCAAGGCCACUGCGAGGGCCACUGCUCUAGGCGAGCUCUUCCCGUACCGGAAACAGGAUGGUCCAGGCGAUGCUGAAAACGGAGAGAGCGGUAGCCCUGUGCAAGAGAGAAAGCCGAUGCGACUGAGCACCAAGAACCAACAGCAGCUUCAGCGAGCAUUCAACUGGGUCAAGACAUACGAAGAGAAGCUUCUUCAACUGCUGGAGCCAGAGAAUGUCGACAUCCGCAAACUCGGUGGCAAGCCUUUGGAGGAGGCGAUUGAGGAUGAGCUUUCCCGAUACGUCAAGCAAGAGGAUGAGUCCAAGUGGCGCUGCAAGGUCCCAGAGUGCACCAAGUUGUUCAAGGGGUCCCAUUUCUGGCGCAAGCACGUGGAGAAGCGUCACCCAGAGUGGCUCGAGAAGUUACAGAAAGAUCUACGACUUGUGAACAGCUACGUCGUCGACCCUGCACACAUUGCACCAUCGAGGAGUGAUGCCAAUAGCAACGGCCACUUCCCUAUGGGCAACCACGUGCAGGCAACGGGAACACCGCGGGGAUUCAACUUGGCCAGUAUGAACAUGUCAAUGGCAGCAAGCAACGGCAUGCAGAACGGAAUGCAUCUUGGAGGCUUGUUCAACCCUGCCAUGGGCGGCAACUGGGAUCCCAAUGCUGUUCACGACGACCGUGCCGGACCGAUGCGACGAGGUGGCCAUCGCUUCAACAACCGGACUGGGCCCUAUGAUAGGCAACCACGUGACGGCCGUGGUCGCCCACCUGUCAAUGGUGGUCGUCUGACCCCCCCUCGCGGUGGUCGUCCCGGCCCUCUGCGAUAUGGUGAGGGUGGACCUGGACCUGUGCAGUCUGUUCAAGGCCGAUCUAUCAAGAGUUACGAGGACUUGGACGCUGUUGGUGGUGGUGGCAGUGGAGAACUCAACUACUAA